CGGCUGCUGCCUGGGACCGAAGAGCCGCACAACGAGCGCGACCCUCGGCAGCAGCGAAGCGCAGACCCCCGCUGUCCUCCACCGACCCUCCGAGACCUCCGAGACCCCCGACAGCCCACCGCCACAGCAGCCAUGACGGGACACACGCGUAUUCUCAUGGGGCUGCAACUUUUGGCGGCUUGCCUGGUGUUGGCGGUGAACGGUGAUUACUGUGAGGUGAAUGUGUGCAGUAAUGGUGGAACCUGUGUUACUGGAGCAGGAACUCCGUUCAUCUGUAUCUGCCCUGACGGCUUCUCUGGAGAAACCUGCAACGAGACUGAGACUGGGCCCUGCAACCCCAAUCCUUGCAAGAACGAAGCCAUCUGCGAGGUGACGGGCCAAUCCCGCCGAGGUGACGUGUUCAGCGAGUACGUCUGCAAGUGUCAGCCGGGCUUUGAAGGUGUCCACUGCCAGAACAGUGUCGAAGGGGCAGAAUUAAGUUCGCAAAAAGAUAUAAACGACUGUGCCCGCCAGCCAUGCGAGAAUGGAGGCACCUGCAGGGACCUGGAAGGAGAUUUCAAAUGCCACUGCCGUUCGCCUUAUGUGGGCAAACACUGCCAACUGCGCUGCAUUUCUCUGCUUGGCAUGGAGGGAGGGGGCAUCGCUGAAUCCCAGAUCUCAGCCUCAUCAGUCCGCUACACCCUGCUGGGCCUGCAACGCUGGGGCCCUGAGCUCUCCCGCCUCCACAACAAGGGGCUGGUUAAUGCCUGGAGUGCUGCUGCACAUGACAGGAACCCAUGGAUAGAGAUCAACUUGCAGAGGAUAAUGCGUUUCACCGGUAUCGUGACUCAAGGUGCCAGUCGCAUAGGAACAGCAGAGUUCAUUAAGGCCUUCAAGGUGGCCUCCAGCCUGGACGGCAAAACAUUCACCAUGUACAGAACCAACGGACAGAGGCAGGAUAAUGUAUUUGUGGGAAACGUGGACAAUGACGGCACCAAGACCAACUUGUUUGACCCUCCAAUCAUCGCCCAGUUUAUCCGCAUUGUCCCUGUCGUGUGUCGCAAGGCCUGCACCAUGCGCAUGGAGCUGGUGGGCUGUGAGCUGAAUGGUUGCUCUGAGCCCAUGGGCAUGAAGUCCCGACUGGUGUCUGACCGGCAGAUCACAGCCUCCAGCACCUUCCGCACCUGGGGCAUCGAGGCCUUCAACUGGCACCCUCACUAUGCCCGACUGGACAAGCAGGGCAAGACGAACGCCUGGACCGCCGCCUCAAACAACCGAUCUGAGUGGCUGCAGGUGGAUCUCCUGGCUCCCAAAAAGAUCUCAGGAAUCAUCACACAGGGGGCCAAGGACUUUGGCGCCAUUCAGUUUGUAUCGGCCUUCAAAGUGGCUCACAGUGACGACGGGAGGUCCUGGACCAUCGUGAAGGAUGAGACCACAAAUACAGACAAGAUCUUCCCCGGCAACAGUGACAACAACGUUCACAAAAAGAACAUCUUGGAGCCGCCGAUCUACGCUCGAUAUGUCCGCCUUCUGCCGUGGGAGUGGCACGAGCGCAUCACCCUGCGGAUGGAGCUCCUGGGCUGUGGCGAGUAACUCCGCCCAAUACCUGUCUCUCCUCUCCCCUUCGACUCCCCUCUCUACCUCCCCCCCCUCCAUCACUUCCUUCCUCCUCCCACUUCCCUCCUCCUCUCUCCCUUGUCCCUCCUGAGCCACACCUGCACUGCCUUGCUUUCAGCCCUAGGGGGCAGCAAACACCAGAGUAGCACCUCACCACCCCCACCCAGAGGUGGGAGACGUUACCCCUCACCACUGUCACUGGGGCUCAGAGUUUAGCUCAUGUGUCCCUUCAUUUUUUUGUUUGCUGAAAAAACAGAAGCAAAUAUGUGACCUACUUCAAGAAGUGGCCGUGUAUCUUCCGGGGUCAGAUUUGUUUUUGUCUCACCUACAUGCUAAAUGAAAGUUGAUCCCUGUGUCAGAGGUCAAGGGUAACAAUACUGCUGCUGUAUCAGUUGGUGCUGCCUGAUCCUACAUCAGUUCUACCUGAAACGUUGAACCUCCAAGACCCACGGCUGGUGAUGUACAUAAGCUCCAUUUAACCGCUUGCACACUUGACCCCCCCCAAAACACACAGAAUAUAUAUUAUCUUCAGACAAUACAGUACAUUGAUGCUUUUGAUUAAUUAUUGCUCUUGUUGAGACAAUUUCUGUGUUUGUUGAGAAAAAAAAGUACACAAAAAAAUCUUGUCCCUGCAGUUCAUAUUUUCUACAACAUUAAAGGUUAACAGUGUUCAUGUUGGUUAAACAUAUACUGUAUGUGUAGUAGCCAAUAACAGAAUCGUGUAGUAGCCAAUAACAGAAUCUGUGUACCGGUAGAUUCUAUUUGUAUUUUUACUGAACCUGUAUGUGAAUCUGUGGUCCGGUUAUCAAGGUUACAUGUGAAUCACUUUGUUGCAUUUGGCCUCAUCAGGGUGAAGCUUUGUGCCAAACACACCCUCGUUUUUUUUGUUCCUGUGGGGUUACGUAGAAAAACAUUGCACUGAUGUAACUCCACACUAAACCAAAAGAGGAAUUGACUACAUUCAUUAAUUAUGUGGAACAUAAUCAGUCAAUAAACCAUCACACUCAGUCAUUUAAGCAGCCAAACAGUGUGUGAUCUCACUGACGGACAUGGUGCAUCAUCAAGGAACCAAAAGAGUUUUAAAUCUUUAGUGAACAAGUUUAAAAGAAAUGGGAGAUUUCCAUGUGCUGCUGCCGUGAGUUGUGAAAUCUUCACUUCAGUUCAAAAAAGACAUGACAAGUCUUACAUUACUCAUUCAGAAAAUUAAUGUGCAUUUACGUGCUCCUUGGAAGGUCCAACUUCCCGAGUUGUGAAGUCGUUCUUCCAACUGCAGUGUUUUGGAGUUGGAAUGUUGAAAAUGCAUGGACGCUGUAACAAAAUAUGUAGUAUCUAUAUGUUUAGAGCCUUUAAACAUUAUCGCUGCACCUAGUUCCAACAUUUAUAUCAUAUCGAUGAGUGCAAGACUUGCAAGUGACAACAUUUUAACACUUGACAAGUUUGACAAACUAGAGCCCACUGUUUACAGCUGAUUGUAAAAUUAUGUUAAUUGGGUUUUAAGUGAUGACCUCAGCCACUUGGUAACUCUUUUCCAGUGGAUAACAAAUGUUUCUGAUUAUUCCAAUUAUUUUCCCCUUUGUUUCGCAGUAAUUUAAAUAGCUUGAUUGCAAGGUUUUCAUGUUACAGUUACUUAUAUUGCCUGCUGCAGAAGUGUUUUUUAAAGAAAAAUCACAUUCUUUGUUAGUUUCUUCUUGAGCAGGAGGUUUGAAGUGGAGUGACCGUCACAGGAAGCUUGGGUUGAUCUUUCUCACUUCACGUUCGAUCUGGCCGACAGGAUUUCUCAAAUAACACAUAGCCCUCAUGGAAUAAUUACAUUAAGUCGAUACUCUUCCAACAAUUCCGCGUAUUACCCGCUGGUUAGCAUCAUAAACUGAAAGUUAACAAGACUGCAAAUUGGAACAUGUAACAGUGGAUGACUCGGGUCAAUGCAGAUCUGCUCCUAAUGUACAGCGAAUGCUACUGAAACGCCACUAAUCCCCUCACUCAGCUGUGCUUCUAGUUGUGUUCACCUACUUUCACUUUUUCAAGGCAAUGUGAUGUUUGUGAUUUGAUAUUUGAAAUAUCUGAAAACCAAAAAAAACAAAAAAAAACAGAAUUGUGUACAUUGAAGAACGAACCGUAAACAUAAAACAUAGUCAUUAUAACAUGUGAAGGUUAAAAAAAAACUGAGAGAAGAAAAUAGACUUGCUGUUUCUUUGGUCAGCUGAGUUUUGAAAGUCUAGUGUUUCGUGUUAAUAUGUGACAUGCAUAUACACAGUACCUUAGUACAGGAGUGUGUUCAUAUUAGAUGUUUGCUGCCGACCAUUUAUUUACGGUCCAACACUUAGCCUCCAGUUGAAAGCUGUGGUCCCGCUGAUAAGACUGAAAGAGAGAAACCAAAUUAAAAGCGAUUUUUACGCUUCCACCGGACAUGUGACAUGACCCGCCCUAUCAUCUGCUUCUG